UGGGGAGGCCAAAAAAAGCCUGGAGUGCAAGCCAACACUAGAAGUGCAAGGAAGAGAGGAGAGCAAGCAGGAUCGUCGCUGAAAUGGCCACCAAACUUGUGGACCUGGUGUAUUGGCGGAACAUGAGGAGGACCGGUGUGGUGUUCACAGGGCUGGUGAUCAGCCUGGUCAGUCUGUUCCAGCUCAGUGCCAUCACCGUGGUCUCUCACAUCUGUCUGGGUGCCAUGUGUGUCACCUUCUCCCUCCGUCUCUACUACAAACUGCUGGAGCUGCUGCGCUGGAACCCCGGGGUCCACCCCUUCCAGUCGUAUCUGGAUUAUGACAGCACUCUGACAGAUAAGGAGACAGUGAUGCUAGUAGAGGAGGUGGUGCUGCUGAUCGCGUUUGCCAUCACAGAGAUCAAACGCCUGCUUUUCAUCGACAGCAUGGUCGACUCUAUUAAGUUUGUUGUGCUCCUGUAUCUGCUGACCUAUGUUGGCGUCCUAACCAACGGACUGACUCUGGUGAUAACUGCUGUGAUAGCUGUUUUCUCCAUUCCUCUGUUGUACAAAAAGCAGCAGGUGCGGACAAGGAGGAUGGUUAGAACAGUCAAAGCUUUCGUAAAGAGAAUCAGAAACCUGUGCCUGAGUCUGUAUGAUUCAGUGAGACCCUCUUCUGCCCCUGAACCUGCCCCAAAACCUGCCCCUGCAUCUGCACCUGUCCCCAAACAGAAAGCCAAGUCCAAGUAACUUGUUGGUCGCACGUUGAAAGCACCCAGGAUUUGGGAUUUGGAAAAUGUUGGAAUGGUACAUCCUCUGUGGGGCUGCUGGAGGGGCUGCUCAUUUCCAUUUCUCCACCAUGAUGUUUGUUUAUGGGAGCACGAUUUAAUUCAUCCUGACAGCUGAAACAAAGCUGCCAUUCACUCAAGGAGAGGGAGUGGAUGAGGAGAAGAAUUUUAUUUACUGAGAUGCUUUCUGUGGGCAGCAUUUAAUAUAAUCAGUUCACACAGCCAUCUCCUCCAAGCAGGGACAGCACAGAAUAUCACUGUUUUUUUUUCUUUGAUAACAGGUCUAUUUUUACAUAACUAGUGAGCACUGUGUUCCUGUUAAACUGCAGAAUUAUUCAUAAAGAAGCAGUGAAGCAUUAUUGCUGCUUUCAUUAUUUAGCAUCAUUCAUUGUUAGCUGGAUAGAAUAAAACUGACAUGAACAUCACCCGCCAUUAAUUAACAUGAAGGGUUUUGCGCUUGUUGCGUUACCUAAGUAACCAAAGUAUUAGCAAAAGCUUUUUAAGCAGCAACUCCUUACAACUUUUAUGAGACUUACAGUAUAUGAGAAAUAAUGAGAACAUUGUCCUCUGCUCUUCAUGCUAAUUGCAUUUAAUCAGGUCCAAACAGUGACUUCUUGUUGCUCUGGGGAUGGUUUAGUGAUUAUAGGUACAAAGUGUAGCAACAAAACACUCUUAACAAGUGAGAACAACCUCAACUGCCCUGCAGUGACUCUAAAUGAAUUUGAUUGAUCAAUGGCACAAAAGAUUUUAACUGUCAGUUUAAACUUGCAAUAACUGAUUUUUGCCACUCUGAGGCAGUGGAAACAAGCUGUGAACACAACUUUGAAAUAUUAUCACCUUUUAAGUUGAUAUGGUGAACUUGUUGGCAAACAGUUACACAUCCAGCAGAUACAGAGCAACAUUAGCAUUCAUUUGGAGUUGUGUUUGUGUCCACCUGAUGAAUAUAAGUCCAAUAUUCACUCCUUUUUUUAGCUCUGUUUUGCUCUCCACCAACUCCUUGCGGGAAAUAUCUGUCACUUUUGCUGCUAAAUGCUAAAUGCUCCACUAUGUUCACCAGCUAGUUGCUAACUUAUAGCAUAACAUUGCUAACUCAUAUGUCUGUCUGCCGUUUGGUGCUGGACAGGUAGUGUACGUUGGGUUGAAAAUAGCUGCCCGCUGCAGCCGAAAACAAGGCUUUGAGAGUGGUGAAAGUGAACCUAAACAGUAAAGUUUUCGACUGGAAAACCAAAACAAUGAGCUGAAAGAUGCUAAAAUGCUCUGUAGAGCUGGGGGGAACUGCAGAGUGAUAAUUCUCUGCAGGUUUGUCACUAAGAGCAACCCCUUUUACAUACAAGUAGUCAUGGAAUUCAUUGUUUAUAUAAAUAUAUUGAUAAUAGUGGCCUUAAGCUUGCCUGAACAUGUUUAUCUCUUAUUUCUCAAGUUGAUCUUUCAAACACUUGGAAAGUGGAACACAAAAUGCUACUAGGUUACUAUUAUGUUUGCCUACAUUCUUCUCACCUUUCACCUUUGGUUUCAGCCUGAUAUCUUAACUACACUAUAACUAUUUUGAGGACACACCACCUCCAGCCUGUUUCAGUUGGAUAAUUGUGUGAACCAGUUGCACCGUAACCUGUCUUCAGAGGACAUUUCAGUAGAUAAAACUACAAUUUACAGAUUUUAUACCAUUUGCAAAAUAUUUAUCGUGAUCAUUAAACAUUAGACAAAAAGCCAGUUACUUGAAUAAAGGAUUGAGACACAAAAAUGGGUCAAUGGACUCAUCUUGCGAGGCCAUGUCUCACUUCCAAAAAACAAACCAACAAAUGAAGCAGCAUCACAACAUGCCGCUGACCACUUGUGAAGAGAAAAGUGAUUGAGGGGUAGUUUGACAAAGAGGUGCAGGUCACUGGCAAAUGCAAAAAUCUCCUCUUUAGGAGGCCAUUUAAUUCCGAACUUCUUAUUCUGUCUCCAGUGCACUUUCAGGAAUUUCAUGGAAAUGUCAACAUCCUGAAGGUAGAAUCACUCCUAUAACAUCAUGAAAAUUACAUUUGACUUAAGAACCUGUUCUUUGAUAUUUUUGUCAGUCUACAACAUAACGAUUUAAUACUUCCAGCGAGGAUCUGACGUCUCCAUGUCAACAUUUUCUAAAUCAACCAAACUACUGAAGAAUGUGGUCAUUGUUUGUUUCCAAAAAAUAUCCAAGACAUCACCAUAAAAUUACACAAAACACCCCAUGAGGGAAAAUCCAAAUUUCACUGUAAUGCUAACCCGGCUUUUUUGGUUUUCAUCACAGAGGUGAAGGGGUUUCUUAUUGUUAAAGUAUCAGUAUUUUUGAACCAACAGGGCUGCAGAACAGUUGAAUGUGCUGCAUGAGUUAAUUGGACUAGGUUUGUGAAGAAUCUUUGCCUUUAAUAUAACUCCACAAACGGCCCGCACACUUCACUUGUGACCUGACAUGGAGAGUUGCACUUGUUAACUUGGCUUGAUUUUCCCCCCACACUCCUGUUGAUAAAAUGUCACUCCCCAAACUGUGACAUCAGCUGAAAGACCAACAUAAAUAGACUAGGGUUGGGUGUGUACCAACAUGGGCUCGGAAAAAAACAAGUUUAAAUGUUUCCAGUGCUUUAACUGACAUGAGGAUGAGUAGAUUCUCAAUUCUGGGUGAACUAUUCCUUUAUUAUGACAACUGUAUGGUUUUAGCUGCCAAACCUGAGGCCAGUAAACUGUAAGCAGUUUUUUCAGUGCAGCUGUUUAGCCGGUGAGCUACUGUUAGCAUGUCAGAUUAAUGUUGGUGACCAUGUGGUGCUCUCUAGUGGUCUGUGUUUCAGAACUUAAAGCGCAGCUAUUCUCAUACUAACAUGUCUUAAAGAACUAUUUACUGUAAUUUCACAUUAUGAUCCCAGGUUGAAGCAUCCUUUAGACCCCUGCUGACAGGGCAGGCAAAGAGGGCUUCAGUAGUUUCAGUAUGUAAUGAAAAAAAAAAAUUAAAGGGCCAGUACAUCUCAAUUAUAGAACACAUUUUCUUACUUACCUCUAGUGGGAUCUAGCUCUGCAGAUAGUUGUGGUUCAAUUUGCCCACUAAACACUUAAACUGUUUUCAUGAGGACUAUUUCUUUGGUGGAAACUAGUAUAGAUUAUCCAGAGUUAACAGUUUCUGGAAAGAGAAGUUGCAGUUGAAUUUUUUAACUGUAAUUUUUCAAAGCUGUGAGUAACACAAGCAAAUUCCACUUUCUUCCAUUGUGCUGAGGUGGCAGCAGAGAGACAGAUAUUUCAAAACCUAGGCACAGGAAACCAAAACUAUCUGAAGUGCUAUCACUAGAAGUAAGUGAGAAAUAUGUCUUUUUGUAAUUUGGGUGAACAGGCACUUUAAAGAUGCACCCAUGCAACAGCUUACCGGAGUAGCAGCUGAUAUCACUUACAUUUGUAUCAGUACAAUAUCAUUUUUACAGCCUAUGUUUGGCUGUUGAUGUGGAAUUGGCAUCUUUUUUUCUAGGUGUAUGUCACGUAAUACAACUAUAAAAUGUGCAACAAAAUAAAAGUGUAAUCAUGA